CAUUCCGGCCGGCGACGGACUGACCUGUUACCCAAUAGCAAGUCCCUUCGCUGCCGUUGGGUCCCGCCCCUGUAAGAACGGAACCAAUGAGUGGGCCAGGUCUCAGCCCGGUGGAGGGGGUUGCACUGCGGUAAUAUGGCUCUUCCUUAGCCAGAGGCAGCGGCCAGCGCGGGGACAGAGCCGUCCUGCCUCUCGGGUGGAGGGUUGUAGGCAGCAGGGGCUCGGAGGGUCGUGGGGACUAGGCAGCGGCUGAUGAGGGAGGAGCGCCCGUCCCGCCGCCUGGCGGCCGCUGGGUCAAAAUGAGCUCCUCAGCGUCGGUCGGGGGCCCGGUCCCGCCGCCGCCCCCGGGCCCGGCCGCCGCGCUGCCGCCAGGUUCUGCCGCGCGGGCCCUGCAUGUGGAGCUGCCGUCUCAGCAGCGGCGUCUUCGGCAUCUUCGAAACAUUGCGGCCCGGAACAUUGUUAAUAGAAAUGGCCAUCAACUGCUUGAUACCUACUUCACACUUCACUUGUGUAAUACUGAAAAAAUAUAUAAAGAAUUUUAUAGAAGUGAAGUGAUUAAGAAUUCCUUGAAUCCAACAUGGCGGAGUCUCGAUUUUGGAAUAAUGCCAGACCGUCUUGAUACAUCUGUUUCUUGCUUUGUGGUGAAGAUUUGGGGUGGAAAGGAGGACAUCUACCAGCUGUUGAUUGAAUGGAAAGUCUGUUUGGAUGGACUGAAGUACUUGGGUCAGCAGAUUCAUGCCCGCAACCAAAAUGAAAUAAUUUUUGGACUAAAUGAUGGCUACUAUGGUGCUCCAUUUGAACAUAAGGGUUAUUCAAAUGCUCAGAAGAAUAUUCUUCUUAAGGUGGAUCAGAACUGUGUUCGCAAUUCUUAUGAUGUCUUCUCUUUGCUACGGCUUCAUAGAGCCCAGUGUGCAAUUAAGCAGACUCAGGUAACUGUUCAGAAAAUUGGAAAGGAAAUUGAAGAAAAACUAAGACUCACAUCUACAAGCAAUGAGCUGAAAAAAGAAAGUGAAUGCCUGCAAUUAAAAAUUUUGGUGCUUCGCAAUGAACUGGAAAGACAGAAGAAAGCUUUGGGACGGGAAGUAGCAUUACUGCAUAAGCAACAAAUUGCAUUACAGGACAAAGGAAGCGCAUUUUCAACUGAGCACCUCAAGCUUCAGCUCCAGAAGGAAUCCCUAAAUGAGUUGAGGAAAGAGUGCACUGCAAAAAGAGAACUCUUUCUGAAGACUAAUGCUCAGUUGACAAUUCGUUGUAGGCAGUUACUUUCUGAGCUUUCCUACAUUUACCCUAUUGAUUUGAAUGAGCAUAAGGAUUAUUUUGUAUGCGGUGUCAAGUUACCUAAUUCUGAGGAUUUCCAAGCAAAAGAUGAUGGAAGCAUUGCUGUUGCCCUUGGUUACACUGCACAUUUGGUCUCCAUGAUUUCCUUUUUCCUACAAGUGCCCCUCAGAUAUCCUAUAAUUCAUAAGGGGUCUAGAUCAACAAUCAAAGAUAAUAUCAAUGACAAGCUGACUGAAAAGGAGAGAGAGUUUCCACUGUAUCCAAAAGGAGGAGAGAAGUUACAAUUUGAUUAUGGUGUCUAUCUUCUGAACAAAAAUAUAGCACAGCUAAGAUACCAACAUGGACUAGGGACCCCAGACUUGAGACAAACACUUCCUAACCUGAAAAACUUCAUGGAGCACGGAUUAAUGGUCAGGUGCAUUAACCCUGAGAUAUCAUGUUUCCAGUUUGGACCUGAGCCAAGCUGGAAGAGCCAUCAUCUGGGGCAAGUGGCUGAUGGGGAGAAAGGUGUAUGUGACAGACAUCACACCUCCAGCGCAAUCCCUGUUCCAAAGAGACAAAGCUCCAUAUUUGGGGGUGCAGAUGUAGGCUUCUCAGGGGGGAUCCCUUCACCAGACAAAGGACAUCGAAAACGGGCCAACUCAGAGAAUGAGAGACUCCAGUACAAAACCCCUCCUCCCAGUUACAACUCAGCGUUAGCACAGCCUGUGACCACCAUCCCUUCUGUGGGAGAGUCUGAGAGAAAGACAGCAUCUCUGUCGUCCUCCUUGGACACCUCCUUGGACUUCUCCAAAGAAAACCAGAAAAAAGGAAUAGAUUUUCAUGACAGCUUAAAUGAAGACCAUGUGAGUGUGACCACUAACCAGGAUCGAGGAAUAGCCACCUGUGGGCGUCCUACCACAGUAAAUGGCACCCUGCUGCCCGGCGAGGCUGGCUCUGCCGGCGUCCAGCUUCCAGGUGAGUUCCACCCGGCCUCAGGAGCUGAGCUCUGCUGUACCGUGGAGCAGGCAGAAGAAAUCAUUGGGCUGGAAGCCACAGGUUUCACCUCAGGCGAUCAGCUGGAAGCGUUUAACUGCAUCCCAGUGGACAGUGCUGUGGCAGUAGAGUGUGACGAACAGGUCCUAGGAGAGUUCGAGGAGUUCUCCCGCAGGAUCUAUGCUCUCAAUGAAAACGUAUCCAGCUUCCGCCGGCCUCGCAGGAGUUCUGAUAAGUGAAGUGAGCAGACAGACACCAGGACCAGGGCAGCAUCCCUGCCCCAAAUGGGAAAAGCUGCACUUACCCUUUUUAAUAAUUAUGACACAAAGCAAAUAUUAAUGGAGGAUAUUCCUCAGAGAAACAAACUUUGGGACUAGAGGAGGGACUCAGGAUCAUUGUAUAUCAAUGGGCCAGGCGAAAUUAGAUUUUGCUUUCAGGAUUUGCUUUUUAGCCCUGAUGAUUGUUUUAAGGCAAAAGUCACCCUCUAGUUGAACGAGCUUAUAGCUCGAGUCACCUUAUAGGCAUUUGUCUGCUUUUCAUUUACACAUCUAUGUAAUCCUCAGAGGGAAGAUGAUAAUAUAUAAGUAAUAUAAUGAACUCACCUUUAGUUUCUCAUGAGCAUUUGCCCUCACCAUAGUUUAUAAAACUUUGGGGAAAUGGAAUAUUCAGAAACAGCUUUCUACCAUUUCUGAAGGAUCUGUGGCCAUCUUGUAGGUUGGUGAAUAAGAAGUAGAGUGGUCUCCUUAUUCCCAGGCCCCUUUGCCCAUGUCCUGCCCCCAGACACCACACUCAAUCUGUAGACUCCCCCACUGCCUCAUCUUCACCAUGGAUGGGCCGUGUAGCCUGGGAACAGGUCAGGUUCACUGGUCUAAAACCCAGUAGUCUUGAGGUUCCAUUUCUUCUAAUCAGUCAUGACCUUUCAUCUCCUUUGCCACACCUUUGAUUAACUUUCAAAUUAGAUGAGAAACUUCCUCUGAGGAACUCCCAGGGGAACCUGAAGGACCCCAAGAUUACUGCAGUCAGAUGGCAUCCAGUUUUCUUUGACAUGGGGGGAGGGGGCAAAGUUUUUAUAUGGGCAAGAACUAGGCGUGCAUUCUGGCAGUACACCAGACAAAAAUCCCUAUAUGUAAAUCCCUUGUUAAUUUAUUAAAUUCCAGUCAGAAGAAAGGCUUUGUAAAUGACAAAAUAUAUGUAGAGGGUCAGGCUGUCCAAUAUACAAACUGCAAAGCAGUUGAGAUAGUUGGAUUAAGUGAUUAGAGAGCCAUAGAGAAUAUUAUUAUUGGUAUGUGUGCAAUUUCAUAAAUAUUAAAUUAUGUUUUGCAGUCCAAUUGUCAUUCCUGCAUUCAAAUUUCAUUUGCUGUUGCUUUAUACAUUAUGUACCCAAGGACAUUGCCUCAGGGUUGCAAGCUCUUUAAGGAAAAUUUAUCCAUAUAUCCAUGUAUUGUAUAGAAAAAUAAAAAUUGAACUUACUUCA